CUCUCGGGCAUCAGUUAAGGUAGCCUGAUCUGGACAACCCCUCGCUGAGACUUCUAGUCUUCAGUUCCACCUAAUCCACUUAUUAACGUCUGGAGAUGGGUGUUAUCCCCAGUUCACGGAUGAGACGACCUGCACAGCCCAACACAGACAUGAACUAACAGCAAUUGUGAAUCACAACGAGAGUUUGUCGACGGCUACCUUAAGACAGUAAUAUUUAAUACAGUUAAUCCUUUGUAUAGAGCAUUUCACCCUAUGAGUAAUGAAAGAGGCUUUGAGAAUGUAGAGCUGGGAGUCAUCGGUAAGAAGAAGAAAGUUCCAAGGCGGGUCAUCCACUUCGUCAGUGGCGAGACCAUGGAAGAGUACAGCACCGAUGAGGACGAAGUGGACGGCCUGGAGAAGAAAGAGGUGCUGCCCACUGUGGACCCGACAAAACUUCCCUGGGGCCCCUACUUGUGGUUUUACAUGCUCCGGGCUGCCACGUCAACCCUCUCAGUGUGUGACUUUCUUGGAGAGAAGAUUGCAUCUGUUUUGGGCAUCAGCACCCCCAAAUACCAAUAUGCCAUUGAUGAGUAUUACCGGAUGAAGAAGGAGGAGGAGGAGGAGGAGGAAGAAAAUAGGAUGUCUGAAGAAGCAGAAAGACAGUACCAGCAAAACAAGAGGCAGGCUGAUUGCACUGUACAGACAGAUCAACCGGAGACGGUGGUGGCCAGCUCAUUUGUGAACAUCAACUUUGAAAUGGAGGAGGGCUGUGGAGGACUCCAGGAGAGCAAAGAGCAGGCGGCCUCUGUCCCACCGUAGAACGAAAGGACUGUAUAGAGAGUGCUACCCUAAAGCUCAAUCAGGAACUCUUCACAUCUUAUUUAGUGGGGCUUGAAACAACUAUUUAUAUUUUAAAUUAUUAGGGGAAAAUCUUUCUUUGUUCUUAUGCUUUGUCUGUCACAGUCAGAUCUGAAGUUGGGAUGUUUUUAUUAUGAGUUAAAUUAGCCCUGCGCCCGCCCCCCUCUUCCACAUACACUGACCAGUGCUAAGCCCAGUGCUUUGGUAAGACAUCGUUAGCAUGGCAUGGUCACACACACCUUUAAUCCUAGCACAGAGAGGCGGGGGCUGGUGGUUCUGUGUGAGUUCAAGGCCCACCUGGUCAACAUAAUGAGCUCCAGCCUAGCCCAUGAGACCCUGUCUCAAAAAAACCAAAAAAUAAAGGUGUUCCACAUUAAAAGGGGAGUUAAUUUGUUCCUUGAGAUUUCUGGUUUUGGGGCAUUUGUUUAAAAAAAAGGGUAAGUAUUGACUAAUUGUCUUUGGAGCUAAUAAUCCUAACAGCCUCAGACUAAAGUACCCUACAUUGCCUCAUGCAGUCCUUCCUUGCAUUUAACAUACCUGCCCAUUAAUUUCACACUAGGAUGGUUCAGAGUGUGCAAUAAAGGGAGCAAGAUGGAGGCACUGGAUUUCCUUUGUUGAGACGGUUUUAUGGGAAGUGUUGAAUGUGCUACUCUGAAUCUUAAGAUGGGUUUCAUUUUCACCACAAGCCACUCUUGUAUUUUUCAGUAGUUAAUAACUUGCUCUAGUCACAGAGUAGCACUAGUUACCGAGUGAAUUUGUAGUUCCCUCAGGUGUUGGGCCCUCGUGACCCCCACGUGGCUGGCACCUUGGGUGUGUCUCACUCAGUCCUCUCUGCAUCAGGUAGGGUCGCUGGGGAUGAACCGCUCAGUCUACUUUUGUUCACCGUUCUGAAGUCACGGUAGUAAGCUGGGCAGUUGACGCGAACCAGGUUUGGUCCUCUCUCUACUAGGUUAUUCCUUUACAAAGUUGUGUAAUAUGAAGCAAAUUUUGAGAAAUAUUCCUAUAUGUGUUCAGAACCUUUUAUAUGUAUAACUCUGAUUUAUAACCAAAUGUGGAUAAAGAGAAAUGUGGACAAUGUUUUAGA